AUGGCGACGACGACGACGACGACGACGACGACGACGCCGAUGCCGAUGCCGAUGCCGACAGGCUGGACUACGGUGUGGACAGCGAUGCCGCAGAAGGCGUGGGCGGUGGCCGACCACCUGCCACCGCCGGCCCAUGCACGAUUUGCCGACACGACGCUGCGGCAGACUGUGCGGAUACUGGGACGAGCCCCUCUUGCGGAGGAGACAAAGCAGGGCCCGAGCGUGUGCCCAAGCCGGGGGCGCAGCCAGUUGCAGACGCGGCGGUUCCGGCUGCGACUGAGCAACACGUUUGGCGCAUCCGACCUACACAUCACGACGGCGACGGUGGGUGUGCCGCGGCGGCCUGGCGGGGGCGAUGAAAGAGACGUGGACAGCAAAGGCGACACCGCCCACGGCGACGACGACGGGGCCCACGUGUCUGGCUCGCGAUUCGUCGACGUCGACCGUGUACGGCCGGUGCUGUUUUCGGGUCAGCGGUCGGCCGUGGUUCCGGCUGGGUGUCUCCUGCUGUCUGAUCCCGUGGACGUGCUUUUUGGAGAGCAAGGAAAGCCAAGGACCAUGUCCACGUCCGGGCCCGCCACCGAAACGCUGUCCAUCACCCUCUACUUUGCAGACGGCGUUGACGUCGCCACCGACGCGGACGCGCCUGCGCUCACGACGCACCCGGGCAGCCGGACGCAGUCGUGGCUGUGCCAGGGCGGCGACCAGACGGCGUCGGCGUCGCUGGGCGGCGGCCACAGUCUAAGCAGUGUCGCGCACUGGUACUUUCUGGCGGGCGUGGAGGAGUGCUGUGUUGCGGGGCCGGCCGGCGGCCGCAAAGCCCUGGUUCUCGUGGGCGACAGCAUUACCGACGGGCGGUGCAGCACCGACAAUGGCAACGACCGGUGGCCGGAUCUUUUGUGGAAGCGAAUGGAGGAGGAGGACGACGACGGCGAAAAAGGCAAGGGGUGGACGUCGCGGUACACGCUGUUGAACCAAGCCGCCGGCGGCAACUGUGUGCUGCGCGAGGGCACGGGCGGGCCGGCGCUGCUGGCGCGGCUCGACCGGGACGUGCUGUCGCAGCCGGGCGUGGCGGGCGUCCUUUUGUUUGCGGGCGUCAACGACAUUGGGACGACGGCAGGGGGAGACACGGACGAGGCGGCACAGCACGACGUGGGCGACCAGCUGAUGGCCACGUUCGUCGAGGUGGCCUGGCGGUGCCGUGCGGCGGGCCUGGCGGUGUUUAUCGCGACGAUCGCGCCGUUUUGCGGGCCUGGUCGACAAGAGUCGGAGAAACAGCCGUACUCUUCGCCGGCGCGCGAGCGAACACGGCAGCGCGUCAAUGGAUGGAUCCGGGCGUCGUCGACGGCGGCGGCCGGCGGCGCAUCUGCGCUGUUUGACGGCCUGGUGGACUUUGACGCGGUGCUGCGAGACCCGGACCCUGCGUGCGCCGGCCGUCUUUUGCCGGCGUACGACUCGGGCGACUAUUUACAUCCAAACGUGGCGGGUUUCCAGGCCAUGGCAAAGUCGUUUCCGCUGCAUUUGUUGGAGACAAUGUAA